AUGAAAUCGAAGAAAUGGACCAAUAGACUCUUCCAACAUAUGCUGGAUAUGGCAGUAAUAAACAGCUGGAUUCUAUACAAAAAAGUGUCAUUGAAAAUGGAAACGAAUCCCAAAAACAUAUUGAAACUUGCUGAUUUUUGGACCGAGCUAGCUGAAACUUUGUGCAAGUAUGGAACCGUAUUUGAAAAUAAAAGAGGCAGAUCCAGCUUGAAUAGAUAUGAAAAUCCACCAAAAAAAGAGCAAAACUUAGUGCACAGACAUUACCGCCACAUGACGUUCGCACCGAUGGAGUUGGACACGACAAGAGCUACAGCACUAAAAGAAAUUAGUGCGAAUAUGCAAAUUGUAAAAAAAAUUACUUUUGUCUUGUGCACCAAAUGCAAAAUAUCUCUUUGUGAUAAUAGAAAAAAUAACUUUUUCAAGUUUUUCAUGCUACAUAAAAGAAAAUAUCACAAAUAA